AUGCUAAAGGGUAUGGUGAGUUUGGUGACUGGGGGUGCUUCGGGUUUAGGCAAAGCAACCGUAGAAAGAUUAAUUAAGAGUGAAGGAAAAGUUGUGAUAUUGGACAUUCAAGGAACAAGAGCACAGGAACUUGCGAAGCGUCUUGGAGGGAAUGUAGCUGUUUCUGUUGGUUGUGUUUCAUCAGAAGAUGAUGUGAAAAAGGCAUUAGAAUUGACAAAAAGUGAAUUUGGUAGACUAGACACUGUUGUGAACUGUGCUGGAUUUGCACAAACACGCCAAGUGUAUAACUUUUACAAAGACAAGGAGUGUUCUAUGGAUGAUUUUAUUAAAUGUAUCAAUGUUAAUACAAUAGGCACUUUCAACACAAUCAGAUUGGCGGCCGGUUUGAUAGGGAAAAAUGAACCAAAUGAAGAUGGCCAAAGAGGAGUAAUUGUAAAUACAGCUUCGACAAUAGCAUACGAGGGCGACAUUGGUCAGGCAGGUUAUGCUGCUUCUACAGCCGCUGUCAUUGGAAUGACAUUACCAAUAGCAAGAGAUCUGGCAUCUAGAGGCAUCAGAGUGGUUACUAUUGCACCAGGUAUAUUUGAAACUCCAUUAGUCACUUAUUUACCGAAAAAAAUGAUCGAAUUUAUAAAGCGAAUGACACCAUUCCCUUCUAGACUGGGAAAACCAGAGGAGUUUGCUCAUUUAGUAACAAGUAUAGUUGAAAAUCCUAUGCUAAAUGGUGAAGAUAUAUCAGUUAACACGCAGGUGACUGAAAAUGAAGGGUCGGCUGAAUCUGAGCAGAACAAUACUAUAGCUGGUAGUGAGAAACAGAAAACACCAAAUUGUGAGCACAGUGAAAAUGGAGGAAGUGGAUCACCAUUUAAUUUUGAAAAGCCAAUUAAUCACAAAAGGAAGAUUGAUUUGCCGAUUGAUAGGGCAAUCAAAGAAUUAAAAGCUAUAUGUGAGCAAAACAAAAAAACAACUGAAAAUGAGUUUGAUUUGUUUUGCAAAAGUUUAGCAAUACAACUCAUGAAAAUGCCUCUUGACAGGACAUUCAGAUGUCAGGAAAAAUUUCAGUCGAUGAUGACCCAAGAACGUCUUACACAGAUAUCACAGUCAUCAAUUUACUCGGACUCAAGCACUCAAUCCCCAUUUUCUAUUAACCAGUCGCCUCAAUAUGAUACCUACUAUUUAACCCAAGAACAAGUUCACUCACCAGUUGUAUCUGUACCUAUGAGUUCUCCACAAAAACUAUUUCAAAUUACAGAACCUCAAGCAUCCACCCAAGAAAACUUAGUCUUACAAGCUCCUCCAUAUGAAAAUACCAGACCAAAGCAUCAUCACUACAUUGUUACCCAACAGCAAGCUAAUUCGUCAAUAGUAACUGUGCUGAAUCAAACGGAGACGAAUCAAAUCGCAGUGGAUCAAACAUCCAUUCAAGAAAACAUCCUCUUUCAAGCUGUUAAAAGUAUUUUGUGA